GGUCAACAAUAUGGCGCUGUCUAUGGUACAGAAGUAUGCCUCGUUUGUUUGUUGAUAUGUAUUUUUCAUGUUUGCAGUUAAAUUUGACAAACUGUGAAGCAGCGGCGCUUUCUGAAUUAUCGGCUCAUCCCCAUCCUGCUUUUCAUUUGACUUGAAAGACAUAAGGGACUUCAGUGAACACCUGAACAGCACCAUGUCUGGGUCAAACGUCUGGAGUCGCAGCCGUGACAAAAUAAGACUUUUCCCCGAACUUUUUGCACAGUGUGCGGGAGAGACAGCAGCUUAUGGGAAGUGUGUGGCAGCCACCACAACAGGCAAACAGGAGUUGAAGAAGGAUCUCUGUGCCAAGGAAUUUGAAGCACUGAAGACCUGCUUUACAAACGCAGCCAAGAAAAGAGCCAAAUAAAUGGAAACCGCCCUGGGUUGUGUAAGAAGACCGAAUGCAGUGGAGAAUCCUCAAAACUCAGCGUGUGGCAGAAGACGUGGAUUUCCAAGUGUUAAUUGAUGUGUAUCACAGGCUGAAGAAUCAACAGACAGUUUUUUAUGAUGACAUUUUGUUGAAAUGGAAACGGCACACUGCUGCCAACAAUCAAAGCCAUGUAAUUCUCAGCAGUGCAGCCACUUCCUAGAAUACGCAAGAUCCUUCUAACUCUGAGAUGUGAAUAAAAAAUUGCUGACAUGAUC